GUUGGACUUCUUUCAGAUAUGGACUUCAUGGACAGUGAUGUUUGGCACAGCAACACAGAGCAACUACCAUCUUCCAAUGCUUUCAUGGAUGCAUUCGCCCAUUACACACACAACCUGAGUUUGCCUGCCACUUCCUUGUCGCUUGGCCAAGUUCUUGGGAUCGGAAUUGUUAGUUAUAUGCCAGAAUACCAGCAAGCCACGACACGUAAUGGCUUUUAUGGUAACGACGAGCACGAAUUCUUGCGAUAUUGCGAUGCUGGAAUUGGUCCUGCUUCGCAAACGACAGCGUACAUAUUUGAACCCCUAGCUCAAGGUCAUCUUCUGUUGGAAUUGAACCUACAGGGCUACAAGAAAUCAGUGAACAUUAUCCCAUCGAUGCCAUGGCUUGGUCACUUGAUCCACGUUUUUGCAGCUUGGUCCAAGCUACGCAUGUGCUUCCGAGUGUUACGACAUUAGGCAAGGAGAUCGGAGAUCAAUCGGAAGGUCUAAGUGUCGUUGAAGGCA